UGUUGUGGCUUCCUAUUUACUGAAACUUCUCAAAACAGGUCCAGACCGCCAGAGCAGAGCAGAGCAGAGCAGAGAGGAGCUGACGGUGAGAUGUCUGUGCUGUAGAUGAGGCUGAACUAUCUGGAUCAAAAUGAAGUUUAAUGGAUACUUGAAGCUCCGGAUCGGUGAGGCGGUGGGACUCAAACCGACAACCUUCUCCCUGCGCCACUCUGUCAUCUUCAACAAAGCGGCGCCGGCCCUGGACCCCUACAUGGUGGUGAAGGUGGACGACUUUAAAAUCGGUCAGACCCUCACCAAGCAGAAAACCAACACGCCGACGUUCAACGAGGAGUUCUGCCUCAACGUGAACGACGGGAAGCAGCUGGAGAUGGCCGUGUUCCACGACACCCCGAUCGGAUACGAUGACUUUGUGGCCAACUGCAUCAUUCAGUUUGAGGACCUCAUCAAAACCUCCAACACAGGAGAGACUUUCGAGGGAUGGAUGGACUUGGAGCCAGAGGGCAAGGUUUACAUUCAUAUUACGCUCACCGGAUCCUUCACUGAUGAUGACGCCAUAGUGAAAGAGAAGAAGAACUUCAAGCAGUUCACAAGGAAGAGACAGGGGGCCUUGAGACGGAAGAUCCACCAGGUGAACGGACACAAGUUCAUGUCCACUUUCCUCCGUCAGCCCACCUUCUGUUUCCACUGCAAAGAGUUCAUCUGGGGUGUUUUUGGAAAGCAGGGUUACCAGUGCCAAGUGUGCACCUGUGUGGUCCACAAACGAUGCCACCAGCAUGUCGUCACUGUGUGUCCACGCAUGAAGAAGCCACAAAAAGAACAGCCCACAACCCAAGGCUUCAGCAUCAACAUCCCUCACAUGUUCAACAUCCACAACUACAAGACGCCCACCUUCUGUGACCACUGUGGCUCCCUGCUGUGGGGAAUAGUGAGGCAGGGGCUGCACUGUAAAAUCUGUAAAAUGAAUGUUCACAUCCGCUGCAAAGGCAACGUCGCUCCAAACUGUGGGGUCAACAGUGUGGAGCUGGCCAGUAAGCUGGCAGAGAUGGGUCUGCAGGCCGGAGGACUCUCUAAACGCAACUCAGUGGCCAAAAGUGCAAGUCAGAUGGCACCCACUGAAAGGAGGGAGAGUACAAGCACUCAGCAGCAGACUCUUCGACUGGGCAUCUUAGACUUCACGUUCCUUCAAGUCCUUGGCAAGGGCAGUUUUGGCAAGGUGAUGCUGGCGAGACUAAACGGCAAAGAUCAGGUUUUUGCCGUCAAGGUGUUGAAGAAGGACAUCAUUUUGCAGGACGAUGAUGUGGAGUGUACCAUGACGGAAAAGAGGGUGCUGUCACUGGCCAGCUGUCACCCCUACCUCACACAGUUGUACUGCUGCUUCCAGACGCCGGACCGUCUUUUCUUUGUGAUGGAGUUUGUGAAUGGUGGCGAUCUUAUGUUCCACAUCCAGAAGUCCAGGAAGUUUGAAGAGCCUAGAGCACGUUUCUACACAGCAGAGAUCACCUCGGCUCUCAUGUUCCUCCACAGCAAAGGCAUCCUCUACAGGGAUCUCAAAUUGGACAAUGUUCUUCUUGACAAAGACGGUCACUGUAAGCUGGCGGACUUUGGCAUGUGCAGAGAGAAUAUAUUUGAAGGCGCAGCCACAGGAACUUUCUGUGGGACCCCGGAUUACAUUGCCCCCGAGAUCCUGCAGGAGAUGCUGUAUGGGCCCUCUGUUGAUUGGUGGGCUCUCGGGGUGCUCUUGUAUGAGAUGCUGUCCGGACACGCUCCCUUUGAGGCCGAAAAUGAAGAUGACCUCUUUGAAUCCAUCCUCAAUGAAGAGAUUGUUUAUGCGUCUUGGUUAAGCACAGAGGCGGUGAAUAUACUCAAAGCUCUCUUGACCAAAAACCCGGCCCGGCGUCUGGGCUGUGUGGCCUCAGAGGCUGGAGAGAGCGCUGUAACCAGCCACACCUUCUUCACUGGCAUCGAUUGGGAGAAGCUGAAUCGUAGAGAAAUAGAGCCACCUUUCAAGCCCAGGAUCAAAACACCAGAAGACGUCAACAACUUUGACCCAGAUUUUACUCAGGAAGAGCCCACCCUCACGCCCAUCGAUGACCCUCUGAUCCCCUCCAUCAACCAGGAAGAGUUUCGUAACUUCUCCUACACCUCGACUGAACUGCUGGAGAGCUAAGGGUCUCCUCAUGGAUCCACCAGUCAUCCUGCACUCUCACUCCUCUCAGUGUCUGUGGCUUUUUCUAAGACAGUUCCCACUGGUACUUGCAGUAUGAUGCUGUCACAUUCCCCAGAGACAUGAAGGUGCAAAUUGCCAAGGAGUCAGUCAAACACAUCCUCGACAAGAACUGCGGCUGCACCUGAUGAACUCUUAAGCACUCCUAUAAUUCCCCAAAAAGCGGCACAGGAUCAUGUUGUGAAAUGACAUUUAGUUUUGCUGUUGGGACAGUUUCAUUCAAGUGUCUGUGUAGAAUGGUUUAUUUGACAUGUUGGUAUGUUGUAAACUUGAAAUAAGUGUACAACCUCAGAAUUUUAUUGUACAUUUUGCUCUGGAUGAUUUCGUUUCCAGUUACUUCAAAUGAAAACAAAGUACUUUUUUGAGCACAAAGCCAUAGUUUGUGUUUUAUUUUUGCUGUAACGCUGUCUAGGGAAAGGAAGAAAUAAUGAGCCAGCCGGCCAAAGAUUCCCAGAAAAGUCGAGCUGCCAGUUAAAACCUGGAAGAACUGAGUGAGCAGAUGAAAUAGUUUGUCAAUGAUGUGACUCCCCAACCCACACCCUGGCUAAAUGACAGUUAAAACAAUUGCAAGGAGGAUUUUUUUCUAAGUAGCUGCAGUCAGUUCUGGAUAAUAGAUGAUGUUUAUUUUGUGUUUAUAGGUCAAACUCCGUAAGAAAACUUGGCAUCAGUCUCAAUGAUCUUCCAUGUAAUUGAAUAAACCAGUCAUGUUUAGGAUUAUGCAACAUCUCGUAUGAGGUGAAAGCUCUGUGGUGAUUCACUCUGACUGAAAUAUCCAAAACUUUUGAGAUUACACCACACAGUUGUCAGGGCCAGAAGAACAAUGCUAGCAUGGUGUUUUUGCCAGAUGCCAUAUUCAAUUGAGUCUUUGUGCAUCUGAAGGUUUCUCAAGCGUUACAGUCAUUCAGUCUUC